AGGGUAGUACAUUUAGCUUCCCCCAUCCUGCAAGGCCACUCAGACAUGUGCAAGCUGGAGUAGUCUUUAUUCACAAUGUCUUUACAAAGGCUUCUGCACCAGAGCAGCAAUGGCAAUUUGGUGGACUACUGCGGGGGUCCAGCAUAUAGCUCUUACCCUACCCUCACAGGACCUCUUACCAUGGAUGAUAACAGAAGGAUUCAGAUGCUGGCAGACACUGUGGCUACUUUGCCUCGAGGACGAAAGCAGCUUGCUUUGACUCGAUCAAGUUCUUUGGGUGAAUUUUCCUGUUCUCAAAGAAAGCUUGUUACUGUGGAAAAGCAGGACAAUGGAACAUUUGGAUUUGAAAUUCAGACCAACAGGCUCCAGAAUCAGAACAUCUGCUCCUUGGAAUUGUACACUAUGAUCUGCAAAAUACAGGAGGACAGUCCAGCUCACCUUGCUGGUCUGCAAGCUGGUGAUGUCCUUGCAAAUAUCAAUGGUGUGAGCACAGAAGGCUUUACACACAAGCAAGUGGUUGACCUGAUCAGAUCCUCAGGAAACAUGCUAAGGAUAGAGACUCUUAAUGCAACAACCAUUCUCAGAAGAACAGAACUUGAAGAAAAGCUGCAGGUUUUAAAGCAAACCUUGAAGAAAAAAUGGGUGGAGUACAGGUCUCUGCAGUUACAGGAACAGCGCCUGCUUCAUGGUGACGCAGGUAGCUGCCCAAGUUUAGAAAACAUGGACAUGGAUGACUUGUCUUUGUUUGGAAUCCUGCCUGGGCCAGCCUCAGACCUCCUGGACCGGAAUCGCUUAUCCAGCGAGAGCAGCUGUAAGAGCUGGUUGAGCUCCAUGACAGUGGACAGUGAGGACGGCUACCAGACAAGUGUGUCCGAGGACUCGAACCGGGGUGCCUUCAGCCGGCAGACAAGCACUGAUGAUGAGUGCUUCCUCUCCAGGGAUGGGGAGGAUUUUCUGAGGAGGGCUUCUUCAAGGAGGAAUCGGAGCAUCAGUGCCACCAGCAAUGGGUCCCUGUCUCCCUUGUGGGAAGGCAAUUACUCAAGCAUGUUUGGGACUCUGCCCAGGAAAAGCAGAAGGGGAAGUGUCCGCAAACAACUCUUGAAAUUCAUUCCUGGCCUUCACCGAGCUGUGGAAGAGGAAGAGAGUCGCUUUUGAUGGGUCAUUCUGCCCUUUUGGAUUGGCUCAUUUCACAGCAGUCACUAGACUCCACCAGAUCGGCUCUACCCAGCUCUGUGGGAAAGUGUGGAUGGAUUGCAAAACUGACAUCCCAUUUCACAGCAAUGGUGACCUUUAUUUAAAAUUUUAUGACGUUAUUUUUGAUUUUUGAAUCAUUUUUCAACCAGAGCAGUUCAAGUUCAAAACAGGCCUUAGGGAAAUUAAGUAAUAAGUUAGGUGGUAAAACAAAUUAAUGCAAGUGCCUGAUUCUAAUGCUGCCUGUGAAAGCAAGGAGUAAUGUUUACUUUCCAGAUUAUGCAUAUGAAAAAUUGAGAAUUUUUUGGAGUCAAGUGUGAAUAGGGAGUGACAGAAUAUAAUGAUUUGGUUACAAAACCUUGUUUGCUUAAGCUCAGUAGCUUCUGGAGAGCCCCAGGAUAAGGCAGGUUUGAAUGUUUCUGUUCAGAUCUUUAAAGGGUUAUAAGCAAAGAUUUACAUCCAUAUUCAUAAUAAAGCAUGAAGUGUAAGGUUUAAUAUAAGAGGUUGCACUUCAUGAGAACCAGUGAAAGAUAAGUUAUGAGAUGGGUACCAAGGAAGACCUUAAAAAAGAUCCUUGUUAUAGGAUGUCUAAACAAAAGGAGUGGGGAAUCUCAUUCUCUUUGUCCAAUUCAAUUUUCAUUCUGCCUGAGCGUUAACAACAGUCUGGAAUUCUCAUCAUCCUAUCACUUGGUGACUAUUUUUUUUUUUUAAGUGUCCAAAAUCCAAAAAGUUAAGAGUUCAGAAAAGAAUUUCCCUCCUGUAUGUUUUUUUCCACAUAUUUCUAUUCUACAUAUUCCAAAUGAUCAUCAUCUCAGCAUUCUUUAUUCAUUUGUAUCAAUUACAUUUUUUCAAUCAUGCUAUAUUUUAUUCAAUAUUCAUUAAAAUCCAUGACUUCUUUGUUCUGGUGAUACAAUUACUCUUAAGUAAAAAAAUCUGGAUUUAAAAAAAUCUUUAAAAUCAGUCCUCACUGAGUUUAAGCUGUGUGUGUGUGUAUGUAAACUUGGGUUUAAGGAUUAGUCAUUUUCAGAAAAAAAAGUAGGGUGGGGUAAGGAAGCUUGUGUGAUAAGGAAGCUUGUGUGAUAGGAAGUAAAUAAUAAGAUAUAAAAAGGUUUUUAGGUGGGGCAUGCUUUCUGUUCUUUGAGAUUACAAACACCCUGUGGAAUCUGCAUGAAAGUCAUUCAGAUGAAAGGCAGGGUAUAGCACCUUUCUCAGGCACAAUAGCAAUCCUGCCUACCAUUUGCUAAAUGCCUGAUAGACUAAAGGCACUUCAGUAUGAUUCUGGAACAGUGGAUGUAGGGCACAAGAGUUAAGGUGGCAGAAAUCCAGAGACAUCUCAUGGUCACAGGGCUAGGCAGUGGCAGGGCUGAAAUUGGAAGCCAAUUUUUCCUGCUUCUAGCCUAUCCUCUGAGUCUCUCUAGAUAUAAUUUACUUUGUUGCUGGUUCUGUGUAGUUUUCCUCAGAGUACUUUUUAUUCCCCUGAGAGAAAAGAUUAAAAUGCAAAUUGUAGAUACUGCAUAGAAAAGCAUAUAGUCUUGGUACGGAGGAAAGCAAAUGUUUAGGGUGAUUCUCCUGGCUUUCAUAAGCAAGUUUUCAUAUAUAAACACCUUAAUACCUAGUAAGAACUUGAAAACCAUGUAUAAUCUAAAUGGUAUUGUUUAUCUCUUGUUCUCUAGAAUUAUCAUGUUAAAGAUCAGCUUACAUAAAGGCAGCAUCUCUCAUUAACCCUAUUUCACAAAGCCCAGGAGAGAGAAAGACAUUCAUUUUGGGAGAGAUGGUUUCAAAUUCUAUGAUGAGAAAAAAAUGCUUAGGGAACUACCACAGGUCAUCUGGGAAAGCAGAGUCUAUAGGUCAUUUUCUUUUUUGCGGCAUUAAUACAGAAGUGUAAUACUUCUUUAUGACGGUAAAUGUCAUAUGCAAAAUGGGGGUAGGGAAGGGACAGAGCAAGUAUCACUUCAGUCUGUAAUAAGAAAAGUCAAGAGUUUGAUCUAUGUUCUGGGAAAAAAGCAAAGCUGGUUAACCAAGGUACAGGAAGGGAGGGGAUGUCAUAUUUGGUGUGUUCACAAGCUGUUUAGUGGAAAUGUGGGUCAAUUUUUCACAGCAUAGCUUUUUAGCCUGAGUCUGACCUGAGUGAGACUUUUUUGUAGAAUGAUAUUUGAUAAAACUAAAUUUGUGUCAAGCAUUUUGGGAAUUACUUUAUCAUAUGGCUGAAUGACCAUAACUGUGUCAAACAGGUAGAAAAUAUGCUUUUUGAAAUGAACUUUUAAUCCUCACUUUCUACUAUGCAAUACUUUUAUAUCUUCGGUGCCUGAUAUAAAUAGUGUUAAAAAUCUGAGUUUGAACUGAAGACAUCAAACUUGGACAGUUUGUGCGUACAGCUUAUCAUAAAGUAUAAGUAUUCAUGAAUGUAUACAAACGGAGUAUAGUAAAUAGUGCAUUACUACAUUAAGCCUGCAGAUCAUAAAAGUAUUGUUACUUUAUAUUUGUUUCCUUACAUAACUGUGGACUAUAAAAUCAAAAUCCAGUGCCUUUCUGAAAUAAAGAAGGCUUUUCAGAAAAGGA